UUCAUUGAAAUGUAUGUUUCAAUUAAUUUCAAUUUUUAAAAUGAAUGUGACGUCACAAUGUCUGAUACUGAAGAUAAUCACCACAGGACAGUCAAAAUCACAAUUCUUGGAGAACCUUUUACGGGAAAAAGCAGUUUAUGUCAACGUUAUUUGAGCAAUAGUCCUCGAGCACCAGGUGGUACAACACAUGGAGCUGAAGUACUGGCAGGGCAGUGUUUAGGCCUGCGCCCUCCAGUGCCACUGCAGUUGUGCGAUGUUGCAGGCAACAGUCUCUCAACUGGAAUGCUUCGAAACUACUUGUACGCGUCUGAUGUAGUGCUAUUUGUGUAUGAUUUGUCAAAUUUGCAAAGUUUUGACAAGUUAAAUGUAUGGAUAGAGAAGGUUAAAGAGAUUUUUGAUCAAGAAACCAAGAAACCUCUGAUGGCAUUGUUUGGCAAUAAAUCGGAUUUGGAACAUCAAAGAGCUGUUCGAUUGUCUUGUGUAAAACAAUUUGCUUCGAAAUAUUUAUUGGAAAAUUUUAAAGGAUCCGCUAGAACUGGGGAAAUGGUGAACUAUGCAUUCACUGAUCUCAUUGCCCGAGUGUUAGGGUUGCCAGUACCAAGUCCGCCUAUUGCAGUUCCCAUUAAGUCAGCAACUGAGUUAGAACUUCCCAAAAGUACAGCUCAACCGGAUGGUGUACCAACAUCGCCUUUAAUAAUGAAUAGAAAAACUCUUAGAAAAAUACAAAGGAAAGCUUCGUCUUCAGUCUGUUCUCUACAAUGA